UAUAUACUUCUCCCCCAAAACCUAAAUCUCGCAUCAAUCAAUACUUCUCUCAAUUCCGAUUCAUAAACCUUUAGCUAGAUAUUCUCUCCGGUCUGUGACAAUGGCGGAUGCUGAAACCUUUGCCUUCCAAGCUGAGAUCAACCAGUUGCUGUCGCUUAUCAUCAACACCUUCUACUCCAACAAGGAGAUCUUCCUUCGUGAACUCAUCAGUAACUCUUCCGAUGCUUUGGACAAGAUUAGGUUCGAGUCCUUGACGGACAAGAGCAAGCUCGAUGGUCAGCCGGAGCUUUUCAUUCACAUCAUUCCUGACAAGACUAACAACACCUUGACCAUUAUUGAUAGUGGUGUUGGGAUGACCAAGGCUGAUUUGGUCAACAAUCUUGGAACAAUUGCGAGAUCUGGUACCAAGGAGUUCAUGGAAGCAUUGGCUGCUGGUGCUGAUGUUAGCAUGAUUGGUCAGUUUGGUGUUGGAUUCUACUCUGCUUACUUGGUUGCUGACAAGGUUGUUGUCACAACCAAACACAAUGACGAUGAGCAGUACGUGUGGGAGUCUCAGGCUGGUGGGUCUUUCACUGUUACCAGAGACACCUCUGGAACCAAGAUCGCUGAGUUGCUCCGCUACCACUCAACCAAGAGCGGUGAUGAAUUGACCAGUCUCAAGGAUUACGUGACAAGGAUGAAGGAAGGUCAGAACGAUAUCUUCUACAUCACUGGUGAGAGCAAAAAGGCUGUCGAGAACUCUCCAUUCCUCGAGAAGCUCAAGAAGAAGGGUUACGAAGUCCUUUACAUGGUUGAUGCGAUCGACGAGUACGCUAUUGGUCAGCUCAAGGAAUUCGAGGGAAAGAAGCUGGUCUCUGCAACCAAGGAAGGUCUGAAACUGGAAGAGACCGAAGACGAGAAGAAGAAGAAAGAAGAGCUCAAGGAGAAGUUUGAGGGACUCUGCAAAGUGAUCAAGGACGUUUUGGGAGACAAGGUGGAGAAGGUUAUUGUCUCUGACCGUGUUGUGGACUCUCCUUGCUGUCUUGUAACUGGCGAGUAUGGGUGGACCGCUAACAUGGAGAGGAUCAUGAAGGCUCAAGCUUUGAGGGAUAGCAGCAUGGGUGGUUACAUGUCGAGCAAGAAGACAAUGGAGAUUAACCCCGAGAACUCCAUCAUGGACGAGCUUCGCAAGAGAGCUGAAGCGGACAAGAAUGACAAGUCUGUGAAGGAUCUUGUGCUUCUACUCUUCGAAACCGCCCUUCUCACUUCAGGUUUCAGCCUCGAUGAGCCCAACACUUUCGGAAGCAGAAUCCACAGGAUGCUGAAGCUUGGAUUGAGCAUUGAUGAAGAUGAUACCGUUGAAGCCGACGCCGAGAUGCCUCCUCUUGAAGAUGAUGCUGAUGCCGAAGGUAGCAAGAUGGAGGAAGUCGACUAAAUAAAUAUUGCACAAGAUUGCAAUUUAAUGAUUUUUCUCGACUUCUUAUCGGUUUCUUCUUUUUAUGAUUUCGUCUGAAACUUUUUUUCUUUUUGAUCGGUAUUUCUUUCUCUUGUUAUUAUAAUUUCGGUGUAGUUUUUUUUUUUUUUUUUUUAUCAACUCGGUGUUUUUGACAAAAGGCCCUUUUCUAGCAAAUCCAAGCUGCUGACUUUUGUCAGUAUUAAUCAUAA